UUGGAGAAGGACGGGAGGUUUCUGGAGAGCAUACUGGGAAACAUACUGACAGAAACUGAAAAACUGGGCUGUGCUGAGCAAGGGCCCUCUGAGGAGCGCUACAUUAUAUACAGUAAUGCAUUUGACAAGAUAAUAGAGUAUGUUAGUGCGUACAAGAACAUCCUGACUUCAAUCAAACAGGAAUAUAAGGCAUUUAUUACCAGAAUUAAGAAUGGCCAAAGGAAUGCAUUUUUUCUUCGUGGGAGAUUAAAAGCUCUGGAAUCUGAGUCCACAGCUCUGUUAUACUAUAGGAAAAGAGCAAUGGAGCUUGAAGACAAAAUAAAAGCUAUUGAGAAGAAUUCUGCAAAAAUUAAAAAUGAAAUAUUAAAAAUUCAAAAUAUAGGAAAGGCUAAGCCCAUCCCAGGUCUGAGUGUAGAGGAAUCUCUCAGCUUGGAUUAUCUUUCUAAACAUCUCGCUCAGUUAAACAGAUGGUUGCUGGAAUUGAAAAAAGAUGGGGACGGGAAGUACAUCCCUCAUCAGAAAAAGACGGAGUUAGAACAAGAACUCUUGCACUUACUGGCCAUAAGAGAUGCAGCUGAAGCAAAGAGGGAAAAGCUGAAGCUCAGAAUUUCAUUAGUUGCAAAUGCUAUUUCUGCCUGUGCAAAAUCAGACAAGACUAUCACCCUGCAAAAUGUCCCCUCUCAGAUCACAAAAAAUGAUGAAAGAGCUCUUGAUGUCCCUAGUAAAGUGGCUGAGGAUUCACUUGAAUAUUUUGAAAGUGAAUUAUUUUCAAGUGGUCAGUAUGAUGCUGCAGCAACAUGUGCAAUAAACUCUCCUGGAGGAAUUCUCUGUAAUGAAGAGGCUCUAAAGAAUCUUAAAUCGCUGGAUGCACGGGGGAUAUCUCCGCCUAUCAUCCUCUCAUCAAUUCUGGGCAGUGGUCGUCGGGCUGUGGGUGGUGGUCUCAGAGAGGAAGGCCAUAAGUCUUCCUCACAGUGUACUUUUCACCCUUGUCUAACCACUAUCGGGGCCGCAUUUUUGGCCCGUCCAGGAACAUCAGUGGCCCAGACUCCUGGAGCUGCUAGCAUUAUUUCUAUAUCUUUCCAAUCUGGGUCUAAAUUUUUCACAAUUAGUUCAAAUCUUCGAGCCACGGCUUCCGGAUCAUCCCGGUAUCCUUUUACAGCCUCUUUCCAAGAAUCUAGUUCAGUGGUUGUAAAAGCUCUUAGCUGUCUUGAAGGGAGAAAUCUGCCCUCGCUGAAGUAUUUUGACACUCUCAUAAAUGCAAGUACUGCAGCUGGACACCUUCCAAAUUUACCUGUAACUCUGGAAGCAAUUAAAUAUGCGUUGUCCGAAAAACAAUUAAACCUGGUAAACCAUUGGGUUACACAGCAAAGACUAACCUUUUCUGAGGCAGUGAGAGACGUUAUUUAUGAUUAUGGGAAAGAGGAGCCAAACAACAUGUCGGAAUGCCUGGCUUUGGCUCAGGCUGCAUAUGGUCAUUCUGGUGCAUACAAAAAAGUUGUGUUGUGCCUGUGUAAACAGGGCCGAAUUGCUGGAGCAGCGGAUUAUAUUCAGCAAGUGGAGCAUUUUUCUUUAGAUGAUUACUUCUUCUUAUUGGAAAACUGUCCUAGCACUGCGUUAAUUCGCUGUCUCAGUCAACAGUGGAUUAGAAAACCACCAUUUUCAUCUAUGGGGGCUACAAUCCUGUCUUUUAUCUCAGCCAAACACAAAAAGCAUGGCUUUCAGCUGUUGGAGGAAAUGAACAAUAAAAAUGCUUUGGAACAGAUUAUUCUAAGUGACACUGUCAGCACUUGGGAAGACUGGAAUAAGAUAGCAGUUAUCUGUGCAGAAAAUAAGCAUGAAAAGUUAUCUCAGAAAAUUGUGUCAGUCCUCACCUCACAGGAUGGAGUGUUUGACAAUUCACAACUUGAAGAUGAAAAAGACACAAGGAUAAUGGAAUAGGUUCUCUGGUAGUUUUCCUGUGUAACAACAGAGGGA